AUGAAAAAGUACUACCUGGUAAGGCAGAAAUUGGAGGUGCUUUUGGAUGCUGCCGACAGUGACGGGGAGAAAGAAGAUACCAAGGAAUCAGAGGCAGCAAAGAAACGCAGGCUUCAGAGGCAGGCUGAAGAACGUGAGGCAAAAUUCGACGAAGAAACGCUGGAAAUGGAAGGGCAGUACUGCGCAUUGAAAGCAGCACUCUUGGCUCUACGUCCGAAGAAGAAUGAGUCGCUGAGUUCUUCUGGAUCAGGGGAAGGAACUGAAACCAUGUCACGCGUUAAGCUGCCUGACAUCAAGCUGCCAGGUUUCGACGGGAAGCUUCGUGAUUGGAUUCCGUUUCGAGACAUGUUCUUCAGCUUGAUUCACAACAACGAACGUCUCUCUGAUAUCGAUAAAUUUACGUAUCUACGAUCAGCAAUAAGUGGCGAAGCGCUUCAGGAGAUAAGUUCUAUCGAGUUGUCUUCUGAUAAUUACCAGGUAGCUUGCAACAUGCUUGAGAAAAGGUACGAAAACAAAAAGUUGAUCGUGAAGGCGUAUUUGGACGCACUGUUUGGUAUCGAACCUCUGAAGAAGGAAAGCGGUGAAGCUCUGAACCGCCUUGUCAGUGAUUUUGAUCGCAACAUACAGAUGCUGGGCAAGAUAGGCGAGGACACAGAGAAGUGGUCGACAAUGCUGGCAUACAUGGUUUGCGCUCGCCUAGAUUCGGUUACCCUUCGUCAGUGGGAGAGCCAUCACAACUCUAAGGACGUGCCGACAUACCAGAAAGUUAUGGACUUCCUAAGAGAUCAAGCGUUGGUUCUCCAAUCGAUAACGCCGAAUAGAACUGAAGACAUCGAAAGUCGUCGCUAUCGUACAACAGUUCACACCACAUCGAGAAUCCAGAACAACUGUGUGUUCUGUGGUAAUUCGUACCAUCCAGCAUCCACGUGCAGCAAGUUCAGAGCGAUGUCGGUGCCCCAGCGCUUCGGAGUAGUCAAGAUGAAGCGGCUCUGUAUCAAUUGUUUGGGUUCUGGUCAUUUUAUCGAUCGUUGUAGCAGAGGUCCAUGUCGUGAGUGCAACAGAAAACACCAUUCGAUGUUGCAUAACAGUUUUUCAAGUCAGAGCUCCGUUUCACAAAAUCAGUCGACAGUCAACAGUCAAUCGUAUCGGAAUAUUAAUCGCCCAGGACCUUCUGGUGAAGGUCAAGAACAAGAGUUGAUUAGACAGGAUCAACAAAGUCAGGCUUCGUACACAAAUCCUCAAGCACAAGAGAAUUCCACUAAUUCCUACCCCAUAAUACAAACACGCAUUCGCCACACUCUACCACAACACACCACAGACAAUUCUUUUACUUUUAAUGCGGCACCAAGGCCGAAAAGCGCUAAAUUUCGUUCGCCUCGAGUUUUGAUGUCAACCGCUGUAGUGCGUGUUGAAGAUCGUUUUGGUAAUCAUUCGUUUGCGAGAACACUGUUGGAUUCGUGUUCUGAAUAUUGCUAUGUUACGAAAAGCUUUGCGAAAAGAUUGAAUCUACGAAGAAGUCGGAAUGUUUUGAGAGUCCAAGGCAUUGGAAAUGAAUCAGCUAAAUCGAUUGAGUCAGUUGAGGCGAGAGUUCGGCCUCGUGUGUCAGAAAUUUCUUCGUUUUCGGAAGAUAUAAGUUUCCAUGUGUUGCCUAAGAUCACGAGUAAUCUGCCCACCACCAAAGUAUCGCUUAAUGGGAUCAAGAUUCCUCAUGAUUUGGUAUUGGCGGACCCUGAAUUUUGGAACCCGGGUCCGAUAGAUAUGAUUAUUGGGGCAGAAUACUUCUGCAAUUUGUUGCGUUCAGGCAAAUGUAAAUUUUUGGACGAUGGUCCAACCCUGCAAGAAACUGAGUUUGGAUGGGUUGUUUCCGGGAGAGUUCCGGUUAGUUCCGUUGAAACUGUUGCGUAG